AUGGUGCGUCAUAAGGGGAUAGUGAAAUUCGGUUAUGCUCGCCAAUUUAUGGCUGGGUGUGAAAAUUACCUGAUUGCCCCUACAGCGUGGUAUUAUGUCAGGUCACUGGGCCAGAAUGAGGUAUUACAGUACAACUGAUACAAUUUUUACCGUUCUUUUUGUGCAUUCAAUAUUUAUAGUGCACAGUGCAAUUUUGUAUGACACAUUUUUCGCGUCAAUUCCAAGCAGCAAUGACCAUACAGGAGCUGAUUCAAAGAGGCAGUUCAUAUGAAGCUGGGCUGACCCGGUUAACUAGGAUAAAGCUCUCGACUUUGGUAAACAUGAUAAACAUCCAAAAUGACAUUAGUUUAAAGUAACAGUAAAAAGUUCACUUAAACGAUCUUUUAUGGAAAAUAAGUUUCGUAAUACGAUUCAUCCUGGUCCAGUUCACAGGCCCAAAAUUACUGGUUGAAGUCACAUUUUCCCACCUUUGUUAAUGAUUGAGCGGCACAUAAAAAAUGGAAUUACGCAACUAAUCACUAAUGUGUCUUGUCAAACAAUAAGCUUAAAACAGAAAUGACAACAUUUCAGUAUCAACAAUAUUUAAUUUUAUCCCAUUUAAAAAGACCUUGGUCCGAUAUUUCUUUGCAUAAAGACCUCGCGCUCGGUUAAUAAGAAGUUAAUACUAUAGAGGAGGGAAAUUGUUUGAAAACGGAGGGCUUGGUGUCUUCGUGUGAACACAAACGUGUUUUUGUACCGCUUGCAAACCAAGCAUCUCAAGGUCUUAAAACAAUAAAGCCGAAUGUUUUUCGUCCAAAUUUCACUGCUCUAUUUGAAUUAAAUAUUUUGGGUUUACAUGAGUGCUAAUUUAAUUUGUAAACAAACUGUAACGACGUAGUGUGAAUACACGUAAAUUCUUCCCGACAAUUUUUCUUUUUAAGCUGUUCCUUGCUUUCGUGUUAUCUUCGUUCAAUGUUUCUGCAGUAAUUGGCGGUCCGUUAUUUGGUCGUAUUGUUGACCGGAUUGGACAUCCACGCCUUGUUUUUCUUUUCACUUGUUGGUUGAAAGUUGUCUCAUACAUACUUUACAGCAUUAACAUCUCAGCAUUUUUCCCUUUGAUUGGCAGACUGAUCAGCGGACUGGGUUCCGGGGGCGGUGUUGCAAUUAUUCUUGGUCAGAUAGCCGUACAAACCGAAGUGGAAGACCGUAAAACAAUAUUUGUAUUGCUCGAAGCUGUAUUUUGCGUAGGGGCUACCUUUGGUCCCGGCGUUGGAAGCUUUAUUGCAUUUGAUGUUACAAUUUGGGGAUGGCAUAUCAAUCAAGGAAACUCCCCGGGGAUUGUAUUAACCAUAGUAUGGAGUAUUUUCUUGAUUGUGACAGUAUUAUUACCUAAGGACUUCUGGGUUGAAAUUGUGAGCGACGAUGAAGGAAGAAUUACCGAUAAUCGAACUUUCAUCCAAGAUGAUCCUAAAGGUGACCGAAGAUUGACCGAAGUCCACCCGAAAGACGACCGAAGUUUGGCCGAGUACGAUCUGAAUGUCGAUCGUUACUUGACCAAAGAGGAUGCUAUCGCCGACCGAACUGUUGCCGAUAAUGAUGACGAAAGCAAAGCAAAGAUUGAAUGGAACUCGCGGAUUUUAUGUCUGCUUUACCUUACAAUUGCAGACGAAAUUUUCUCGAGUACUGCGACAUUCUAUGUUCCCGUUCUGGCAUUGAACCAUUUUCAUCUUGAACUAAUCCACGUUAAAUUACUCUUCCUGAACUGUACCCUGUUCAGUUUGCUUCUUUUCAUUCUAUUCUCGCUCGCCUCGGACUAUUUUGAUGAACGCAAAAUAUUCCUGGUUGCUUUGUCGAUGCAAAUUGCAGCCAUCGUGGUGCUAACAUCGAUUGGAUUUACCUGGGAUUACAUCACAAGUGCUCAAAACUACAUAUUAUUGCUGUAUAUAUGCCUUGGCAUGCCUUACUUCGCUUAUCCGCUCAGUAAUUCCAUUCUGUCGAAGAUCACUGACGCGCGCAACGCGUCGUUCUAUCAAGGCGUGUCAUACGCAGCAUUGCAAUCGGGGAUCCUGAUCGGCCGUGUCGCUGUCAGUUUCGUGAACACAAAAGAACGUUUGAUAAUUUAUUGUGUUGUGUUAAUGUUGCUCUGGUUGCUUGGCUUGAUAUGGUUUGCUGUACAUUACAAGCAAUUUGUUGCAAGCGAAGAAAAACAUCAAUAG